CCACGUCACUGUCCCGGAGCCCGCCCUUCCCGCCCAGGCAACGCUGGACACCUAGCUAAGUCCACCCAGCCUCAGCCUAGGGACCGCGCAGUCGCCGCCGUCGGCCCGCCGAGUCGCCACAGGUGCCAAGGAGCUGCCGCGGCGGGCGCAGAGCCGAGCCGUCCGCGCGCCGUCCGUGCGCCCCAGAGCAGCCGCGUAUCGCGGCGUCGUCCCUGGACUGUGAGUCCCGGGCCCCGCGGCCGCCCGGUGGAGGUGCAGCAACCAUGUCCAUGGGCCUGGAGAUCACCGGCUCGGCGCUGGCUGUGCUGGGCUGGGUGUGCACCAUCCUGUGUUGCGCGCUGCCCAUGUGGCGCGUGACGGCCUUCAUCGGCAGCAACAUCGUCACGGCGCAGACCAUCUGGGAGGGCCUUUGGAUGAACUGCGUGGUGCAGAGCACCGGCCAGAUGCAGUGCAAGAUGUACGACUCGAUGCUGGCCCUGUCGCAGGACCUGCAGGCGGCCCGCGCGCUCAUGGUCGUAGCCAUUGUGCUCAUUGCCUUCGGGCUCCUCGUGGCACUCGUGGGCGCCCAGUGCACCAACUGCGUGGAGAACGACACGAUGAAGGCCAAAAUCACCAUCUCGGCAGGUGCGGUGCUCCUGCUGUCCUCCUUGCUCACCCUGAUCCCCGUGUCGUGGUCGGCCAACUCUAUCAUCCGGGAUUUCUACAGCCCCCUGGUGCCCGAGUCGCAGAAGCGCGAGCUGGGCGCGAGCCUGUACGUGGGCUGGGCAGCCGCCGCGCUACUGCUGCUCGGGGGCUCGCUGCUCUGCUGUUCCUGCCCCCCCAGCCAGGAGAAGUAUGCGCCCUCCAAGAUCGUCUACUCUGCGCCGCGCUCCAUCGGACCCGGCGCCGGCACGAGCACCACUUACGACCGCCGGGACUACGUGUGAGCAGGCAGGGGAGGCCGAGCGCCUACCUCGGAGACCCGGACGCCGGGCAGUUACUUGCUGGACUGGGAGACCCGUCCUGCUCCCUACUUCUCCAUACACCACCCCGCUGCAGGCCAGGGAGCUGAAGGCACCGACCCGCAUGAAUAUGGAGACCUCAUCCUUCUCUGGUCCCAGGAUGAGGUGGCCGCCAGAUACUUGCCAGCCCCUUCGGCCGUGACCCCCAAGCCCGCGGUGGGCAGGGACCGGCAACCAUGAAAAGGGCCAUUUCUUAUUUUGCAAUAAAAGCCUUUUGUUUUUUGCAAUCA